AGAGCAAAUAUUGUAUACAGUAUUGCCCAACAGACAGCGCGCGGAGUGCUUUACUCGUGGAUAUAACAUGCGCGUGAUAGGAUUAUUAUAUCUAAUAUAAGUUUGAUAAUGAAUUUAUAUGUAUUUUGAAAUGACGAAGUAAAAUGCCCUCCGAGGAUUUUCAAAAAUGAAAUUUUGGAAUUUGUUUAUGUUUCAGAUUGGAUAAUACCGUAAAUGAAAGGAAAUGCAUAUGGUUUUCCUACUAUGCAUGAGCACGCAUUUUGCCGUCACAACCGCGGAGUCCCAGACUUCAGACCAACACGACGACAGUUAUGGCAUCAUUAUGGACGGAGGCAGUACGGGUACGAAACUCAAAGUUUAUAAAUGGAACCACAGAACAUCCGGUACUUUGCCUGACGGACAGGACAGCAAACCGGGUGUUGUUAGAAACCUUCAGCUUGUUAAAAGUACCAAAUUUAAACCUGGUAUAAGUCAAAUUGCGGGAAAACCGGAUGAACUUAAAGGAUAUUUGGACAAGAUUAUGCAAAAUGCUGUCAAAGAGGUGCCUAAAGAUAAACAUAGUGACACACCGAUAUACUUCAUGGCUACAGCAGGUUUGCGGGUCCUACAAAUUAACGAAACGGAAGAUCUCUUAACUUCUAUAGAGCAUUACAUGCAGACAUGUCCAUUCCUUACACCCGAGAACAGCGUGCGCGUUAUAUCUGGAGAAGAAGAGGGAGUUUUUGCAUGGGUAGCAGCCAAUUAUCUCAGGGGUUUCUUUUGGUCAAACAAGCCCCCGAGUCAGGCUGUGGGAGUCUUAGAGAUGGGUGGCGGUUCCACACAGAUUGCCUUUUUACCAGAUCAUUCAAUAUAUGCAAAUAUGUUUCCCGUGCAGAUCGGUGAUGUUACAUAUCUACUGUAUGCUCAUAGUUACCUAUUUUACGGACAGAACUAUAUUGUGUCUAGAAUCAACGAUUAUCUUAUAGCCCAGAACGCCGGGAGUAAUCUGAACAUAAAAAAUCCGUGUAUGCUUAAAGGUGAUAACACAACUGUUUUGUCCAGUGGUAAUUCCGUCCAUAUCAUGGGGUCAUCAAACUCCUCACAGUGCCUUGAAAUUAUUGAAAUUUUUCUUAAAACUGCCGCCGACAACUGGUGCUAUCCGAAACCCUGUGCCAUUGGGCGUACUUAUCAACCCUCGGUUGGAAAUCUCGUUUUCUACGCGAUCUCGGCUUUCGUUUAUUCUCCAACUUACCUCAAUGCAUUAGAUGAACUAGGGAGGUUAGAUAUGCAACUGCUGAAAACAAAUGCUGUACAGUACUGUCAAAAAACACUCUCAGAGGUGGUAGCUACAGGACUGAACGCCGAGUAUGCUUCCCCAUACUGUUUAAUGGGUCUUUAUAUACCUUCACUUCUCAUGAACGCUUACGAUUUCCAGGCCGACAGAAAUAUUGUCUUUGUAAAGUCAAAAAUCAACGAGAUUGAUAUAGAUUGGGCAUUAGGUGCCAUGCUACAAUUUACACAAAACGAGGACAAUUUUUGUACUAUAUCUGCUAUGUCCAGUUAUCACAUAUGGAUCACCCACACUACAUUAGCUAGUGUUAUUUUAUAUACAGCCAUCCAGAUUCUAUUUUAACACUUUGAAUGGAUUGUCCUCUCAGAAUAAAGUCAGGGGAUCCUACACCUUUGUGCAGUAUGUCCAGGCUGUAUACAUUUACCAGUGGUUACUAUUUUUUAAAACCUGGAUUGUUUCAAAUUCAAAGCAAGGAACGUUAAUUUACACGAGUUUUAGGGCAAAAGGUGUUAUCAUAUUUUUCUGAACUAAGUUAUGUUACAAAUACAAGUAUGUGUUGAAAGUUGUUUUAAUUGUUCUCAAUAUAAUUAGGAAAGUUAUUUUGUUAAGUUGCUGCAAUAAAGCUUCAAAAUGUCAUACAAAGUGUGGAAUUACUUUGUUAUUGAUAUUUAUAUCCAGGCAUUCAGAAUUAGAUUAAUCACAUUCGUUUGUAUUUGGAUAGUGCAAUAUCUUAUAAACUUGGCUGACAACGACACGAAACAUUGAAAGGAGUUGUUGAAGAGACACAAUAUGAAGUUAUUGUCUGGACAACAUUGGAGACUAUGUUACUUUAAAGGGGCUCAACUGUGCUUUUUCCUUUUUUGACAUGACAGGACUGGACGUAUUUUUUUAGAUAAAUGUUCGAUUUGAUGUAGGACAAGACCAAUAACUUAAGUAAUUGUGAAAAAAUUGAAAAGCGUUGCAACGCUUUUUUACCAAA